GGCCAACGCUUAGAAUGUGCAUCCAAUGGCACUUCAUGCCGGCUGAGUGGCGUGGUGUGCGGACGCAAUUAUAGCAUUAGCGUGGUCGCCGUAGAUGAUAUGUGCACCAGCAAGAGGAGCCUUCCGGUGCAACUAUUAUCAGGUACAAAGAGGAACAAAAAAUACAGUUUGGUACAUGUCACAAGUUUGGUUUGAUUCAGAUUCUCCUCUGCAGAACCGUGCUCUCCCUCUGAGCUGACUGCAUCCGUGAACUGUACCAACAACUCAGCCAAGUUAUCGUGGAGCAGCAGCUUGAAUGCAGUAUCUUACACCGGCAUAGCAGUGAGCUCAGACGGUCACAACGUGAGCUGCAGUACACAAGGGCUUGGCUGUCAAAUGGAGGGUCUACGCUGCGGCACUUCGUACACCUUCACUGUGUCAGCAACAGACGGUGGCUGUCAGAGCUUAAACAGCAAAUCUGUCAUAAAAACAACUGCCCCGUGUCCGGUACAGAGCGUGUCAAACACACUCAACUGCACCACCAAUACGAUGAGCAUAAGUUGGUCACCUGGAUCCAUGCCAGUCAACUACAGCGCCACGGUUUUGUCACCAAAUGGCACCGCUUUGAGCUGCACGACUGAGGCUUCCAGCUGCUCAGUCGGCACUUUACAGUGUGGACAGCGAUACACAGUGACGGUCAAAGCCGUGAGCAGCACUUGUGAAGGCCCCAGCAGUGUUCCCACCAUCGUUAAUUCAGUUCCCUGUGUUCCAAAGAACGUCCAAGGGGUGGUGGAGUGCUCCACUAACACCCUGCAAGCGUCUUGGAAUCCGUCUGCUGGUGCUACAUCGUACAUCUCCACAGUGACUAAAGCAGGAGGCUUCUCUUCUUCCUGCUCCUCCACUAAUGCGAGCUGCCUGUUCCCUGACCUGGAGUGUGCGCAGACGUACUCCCUGAGUGUGAUUGCUCUGAACAACUGGUGUAACAGCUCAAGAAGUGCCACAGUGUCAGCAACAACAGCUCCAUGUGAUCCCACAAAUGUGAAAGCCUCCCUGAACUGCCUCACUGACGAGGUGACAGUGACUUGGAACGCUAGUGCUGGAGCAAACGCUUACACAGUUGUAGCUGAGGCGAGUGGACACGUCGACUCCUGUAAAUCCUCUGGUACCUCCUGUAUGUUCUCGGCGCUGCGCUGUGGAAAAGACUACACGAUUACUGUGCUGGCAGGAGACACAAAGUGCAACAGCUCCAUACUCGCAAAGACCAACAUAACAACAGCUCCGUGUCCACCAGUCUUCCAAAACAACUCUAACUUUUGUGUUACUAACCGGACAUCGGUGAACUGGGCUAGGGACAAGUACGCGAUCAGUGUUACGGUCAGCGCAGGGUCCAACAUGGGACACUCCCUGUCCUGCAACUCAUCCACCGACAGCAGUUGUUUGCUGGAUCAGCUCCGGUGUGGAAACACCUACACAGUCAACGCUGUCGCCCAGGGAGUCCAGUGUUCAAGCAAGACCAGCUCUAGUUUUCAGAUUGUCACUGGUAUGACUGUUAAAAAAAUAAAAAUGUUUUAUUUACAUUAUUUUGCCUUUAGUAAGUCAUGACUGACUGCCUUCUCUUAUUUAUUU